CACAUUUCAAGUUUUCCUCUUGUUGUUUGCCGGGAUCCGGCGGCGUGGAGGCUCCACUGUGAUGAGGCUCCUCCUCUGGCUGGUGUACCUCCUGGCCGACUCCACGGCAAUAUAUGCUCUUGGCCACCUAUCCGUGACCAGCAGCACGUCACGGGGGCACCAGCUCGUGGCCUUCUGGGCACCGUUCCUGCUGGUGCACCUUGGUGGCCCGGACAGCAUCACCGCCUACGCCCUUGAGGACAGCCGGCUCUGGCUCCGGCACUUGCUCACUCUUGUCGUGCAGGCCCUUGCAGCUGCUUAUGUCCUUUACAGGUAUAUUGCCGGUAGUGAGACCUUGCUCCUCCGAGCUGCCAUCAUGAUGUUCAUCGUCGGUGUCCUCAAGUAUGGCGAGAGGACAUGGGCCCUCAAGCAUGGUAGCAUGGGCAGACUCCAGAGCGAGUGUAGAAGGCUUGGUUUUGUUUCGGAAUUUGCUAUGCCGGAUGGUUUGGCAGAUCGAACAGAUAACGAGGAGGAGGUUUUGGUUGCCGCUUACAUGAUGUUCCCGAUAUGCAUCCACCUCUUUGGCGGUACUAUUAUCGGGCCGGAGGACUCAUGUAAGUGGCUGCACGCAUAUGGUCUCGGUGGGGAAGACUUGCACAAGUUGGUAGAGAUGGAGCUGUCCCUGAUGUAUGACACCCUGUACACCAAGGCAGCGGUAAUCCACACAUGGUAUGGCUGUUGCAUCCGUAUAAUUUCUCUUGCCUUAACCAUCGCUGCACUCAUGCUGUUCAAAUUCAGCAACAAGUUGGGUUACAGCAGAGCUGAUGUUGCCAUCACCUAUGUUUUGGUAAUUGGGGCAUUGAUCGUGGAGAUCAUAUCAGUGUCUGGGACAUUAGGGUCAUCAUGGAUGUGUAUGUUGUUGCGCGUCAUGUUUUUGACACCGCUCCUAGACUUACUCAAAUCUCUUCGCCGACGUGUGCAUGCAACAAGAAAGAGAAGGUGGUCGGGCUCCAUUGGGCAGUAUAACUUGUUCCACCUGUGCACCCAUGACCAGACUGAUCUAGGCAGCAGGCUGGCAAAAAUGGUGGGGCUCGAGGACUGGUGGAGCAGACUGCAUUUCUCGGGCACCGCCGACAUCUCGGAGACAGAUCUCAAGGAUCUGCUCUGCAAGACAUUGCCAGACAUAGACUCCAGGAACUCGAGAGGGGCCCACAUUCUGGAGAACAGGGGAUUAAGCGAGGAUCGUGCAGAAUGGAGUCACUGGAGUGUGAAAAUUGACCUUGAUCGGAGCAUCCUUAUUUGGCACAUUGCUACUGACAUCUACUUGUGUAAAUCCAAGGUAAAGCAUGGGGAAAAGCUAGCUGAGGCGGUCAAGGUGCUAUCCAAUUACAUGAUGUUCCUUCUGGUGGCGAAACCCGCCUUGCUGCCUGGCCUUAUUCGCCAUGCCCUGUAUUCCCAGACCCGCAAGAAUUUGCACAUGAAAUGGCGUACAAAUUCGUUUGACGUGUUACCUUGGAACUUACGGCCGCCAAAUGCUGUGUCACCCAAAAAGAGUUGGCGCUGCAUGCUCAAGGAAUUGUUCCACCAUGAGGGCCCCAAUGACUCCUGCAGGAUCAUACAACAGCAGGAACUUGCUCGGUCUAUACUCAAGGGAGAGGUAUACACUGAUAUUUCUCUAAUUUAAGUAUUUAGUCAACUUCAGAUUUACCGUAUACCUUUCCAUUACAACAACUCGUAAAUUUUGGAGAUAUUGCGGGAGCUUAUAUCGAUCUACUUACUAUAUGUUUCAGUUCUCCCAAGUUGGUGGAAAAACAGAGGCUGCUGGUUCUCGUGAAUUUGCUAUUGACUACGCAGUUCACCUUGCUGCGGAGCUUGUCGUCUUGGAGUCGAGCAAGCCUGACUUGCUAGAAGUUAUAUUUGGGGUGUGGGUCGAAAUGUUGUGCUAUUCUGCACAGAACUGCAAACUGGAUUCCCAUGCCAGGCAGCUCGGCAAUGGCGGCGAAUUUAUCACGGUCAUGUGGCUUCUAAUAUAUCAUGUUGGCAAGUCGGAGGAUGAACACAGCUCAAGCCUUGAUGUCCCAACACCAGCAGGGAGCAGGCCAACACGUAGCUUGCCUUGAUCUGCGUGCUGCUGAUGUGAUCAAGAUCUCAUUUAAGAUG